GGCAUCGAUGCUCUACUUCAAGGUGAUCUUCGGUGGAAGAACAACCUACCGAUUUCCGUGCCCUGGUUGAAACAGAUUAGUGGUGGAUUGAAACUUCGAGUCUUCCCGGACAGUCUUGCCGAUUAUUUAGGCGCCAAUUUUUCACACAGUGUUGACGACGGUGUCCUAACCGAGAUGAUGGUUAGAUUCAGCUCUCAUUAUGUUUACGUACUACACAGUCAUCUAUCACGUAGCAAGCGAGUGUAUCACUUACGAAUUGUCACACCAGCUGUUGACAUCAAUGUAACUACCAAUUACCGAAUACAGCUUGGACCGUCAAUAACGUUUACACUGGUUAACCAAAUUGACCUGAACCAAUCACCUUACAUGCAAUCAAGUACAGAGGUGUUUUACGAAGGGGAGACCAGGAAGUUGCAAAAUUCGAUCGAGUUUGGAUUAGUUCAUACACCGGUUAAUUUUAAUUUGUGGUUCGGCGCAGUUGCAUUUACAAAGGCCGAAAUGCAAGCAAAAGUGUUUCUGACACACGCUUAUAACUGGAGCCAUUUGGUCGGUGGACUUGAAUUUGACAUCCCUAGAUUGAAUAUCACCGUAUUUGUUACAGAAAACAUUGACAUGGAAACCGAGAUUCUUUUCCAUGAAAUCACAAAUGUGAAGAUACAAACACCAAGUGGGCACGAAUUUAGUCUUUUCAAAGUCAUACGACUAGAGAAUCGCACGGAUUCAGGAGGAACGAUAAUUAAAGGCCAAUUAAUCUCGCGAUCAAACUUUCCUUGGAUAGAAGAUCUACAGCUGAAUUAUACGCACAGCUCAAAUGGCACCUGGCAAGAUAUCUUGGUGGCAGGGGUAUUGAAUGAUCAAUACGGAUUACAGGUUAAUAAAAUCAAAACACAAGACACAACUGCACAUCAUGUUCAGCUGCAGCUACAGCAGGACCUAGCAAAAGCGAGAUUUGUGAGACGACUGCAGACUGAAACUGGUCUUAAGGAUAAAACCGAAAUUGCGCUGGAUUUCCCGGGAGGGAUGUAUGUUCUUAGUGCAAAAUGCCACAUAUUUACCUCUGAAAUAACCUAUCCAGGACAAUCUACCUCUCGUAACAUUACAGCUGUGCUGAAUCUGCCGAAAUUCGGGACGAUACAUUUGUACCACAUUUUCCAGCAUGUGAAUAGGAAGCGAUUUUAUAUCGAUCAACUUAUUGCUGUCAAGCAAUCUGACAUGUUCAGGUUAGAAGCGGAGUACAUAAAAACAAAAUUCGCUCACAUGCGGCUAAUGCUUGUGCCCCAAACCGUUCUAGGAACACGUAUACAGAAUCUCACACUACUGCUUCAACUUGUCUCUCCGACCAAAUUCGAUAACAUCAAACAGAGUUCAGUGCAUACUGUCUUUCAAAUGGAACCCUGGUUUCCAUUAACAGAGGGCAGAUUCCAAGUGUCCACAUGGGAAUAUUCCAAAGGCUCAAUGAACGGUAGUGAUACAGUCCACAUCGAUGAAGACAACCUUCAGAAUGGCAACUUUCCUAUCGAUAACGCUAACGUACAUGUAACGCGAUACCAACUCCGGGGCAUGUGGAACGAUUCUACCCAGCUUUUUCUUUUGUUCAAGUCAAGUGACAACUCAUUCGAAAUCACAGCUGACUUGUUAUCCAAGCACGUUCAACACCCGAAUGUGUAUGUUUUUCUGAGACAUGAUGGUGAUGUAGAUGGAUGGACAUCAUCCUCCAAAGUAGAUGUUGACGGUAUUAAUUGGUGGAACAGUGCCACUGAACUGGUUCAUAAGAGCGCUCUUCACAAAGUCAUGUUUAACAUAAGCAUUGGGCCACUAGUUGAAGGACUUGAACAGUACCGUCUUUUUGUCCAUGGUAAAAACGAGUCAAAUUCAAUUCUUCUUGAUGUCCAACAGCUUGGCCUGAGUAUGAUUAACAACAGGUUUUUUAUACACACAAACCUUCCGAUUGCUUAUCAAGACUUGAACGUUGCACGACAGUUAUACCUGACUAUGAAGAUGCUUGACGCCGCCUUCAGCAUUGUCGUCGACGUAGAGAAGCUGGUUGCGAGGGUAUAUUUCGAUGCGCUCGAUGGUAGUCACCUGGACGGAAGAAUCGGAUUUGAGACAGAAAAAGCCGAACUUAAGUGUAAUUGGCUAAAGGGGUACUUGGACCUCAAUUCAACGAUACCAUCAGUACCUUCUUCCAAAUUUUCGGUGUAUCUUCGACAGACAUCACCUGAAAAAGAUCAUAUAAACAUUCGAUUUAAUGUUUACUUGGAAUCCCAUAUUAAUAAGUUCUUACCGAAACGUUCAGUAAAUAUAAGCAUAAUGUCUUCUAAUGUCAACGGUGAAACAGAACAACUUCUCCUGGAAUCCACUGGUAUUGGUUCACUCAAAGUGGCGUUGAAAUUUCGAGCCUACAAUGGUGCAUAUAGUUAUGUGCACAGCAUACAACAUUGGUUACCCGGUGAGAUUGAUACACUGAGUGGAUGGAAUACGACAAUGCGAUGCGCAGUGAAUGACUACCAGUUCACUGAUUGUAACUUACGUGUGUUCUCUAACUCAAAACAAAAAAGUGUUGCGCUAUCCGCUACAUCGUAUCCCAAAACAUUUGCGUUACAAGUUGCUUGGGAUGAACAAGAACAUAAACUGAUUGGAUUAACACUUGCCUUCAAGAAAGGUCUUACGAAUAUUAUUCUGAAGUUACCAUCACGAGACCUGCGUUUACAGCUAGAUAUGAAUCCAAAUGACCAAUCACAAGGUGGCAAUAUACUGCUUAACAUUUCAAGUUUCUCUACAAGUGAAAUCCUUGAACAAAUACCGAAAACUGUCUACGCUGCUGCAAGGUUACAUUAUCAUGGCAACCGCGAGGUGAAAUCCCCAUGGAACUGGUCUCUUAAGGGUGAAGUGCAUUCCAACUUAAUCGUCAAGGAAAGAAUUGUUGCUGUCGUAAACUAUUCGCGUUAUCGGCAGAACAUGUCGUUAUCCAUGAGCUCCUUGUUGAAGGACAAGGUUGUGAAUACUUUCGGACUGCGUUUGAGAAAGGACAGUGGUAAUUCGUUGCACUCGGAAAACAUUUUACACUGGAAUAAGUUCACAUGGAACCUGACGGGGCUGCACAAAUUUCAACACAGUCUGUUAAAGUCAGACUCGGUCCUGUGGUUAGGAGAUGAGAAGAAUUUCAUAAAUAUAACAAUUGAUCCGUGGAAUAAAAUUCAGAUCCUGGUGAGUACAAUUUUAUUCGUUUGUUUAAAGCUUCAAGUAUUCGGUGAACAUUGA